CGACCAUAUACCGGCGGGAGAGAGAGAGAGAGAUUCUAAUUGUAAAUUUGUUCCUUAAUUAGCGAAAUCAUCUCUCCACCUCACCUGACGCCAGCAUAAUUACCAUAAUUAGUCUCAUAAAUCCCGACAUAAUCAAAUGAAGUUUGCUUGGUUGAAUAGCUGGAGAAAUCAUUAGCAGAAAAAAGGGAGUCAGGCAGGCACAGAUCGGCUUACGAGGAAGCGGGAGGAUCUCUUCUCACCAAUUCGGUGUCCGGCUCCUCCCCCCUCGAUUCCGCAUUCGGUAUCCCCAAGGAUGGCCCUUACAAUGAAGCAGACCUCCCUAAUUGUGACAGCCCUGGGGCUGAUAUCCUUUGCCUUCGGGGUGAUGGCCGAGAACAAGAAGCCUCCGAAUGGCACACCGAUUCCCGGUAAGGAUGUCGUCAUCUGCAAGUAUCAAUCCGAUCCGACUGUCUAUCUGGGCUACCUGUCCGUCAUAUUCCUGAUAGCGUCCAGCGUGACCGGCUAUCUCUCACUGUUUUAUCCCUACAACGGCAAGUCCGUCCCACAUCAUGCCCUGUUCGAGAACAACAUCUUAUUCAUCUUCUUCCACAUCGCGCUGUUCACGGCGGGGCUAGGAUUGACCCUGCUCUUACACCCCACGGUAACCGAGCAGUUCCACCAGAUCCGUAAUGUGCACCCUGACCUCAACACAGAGUGUCCAACGGCUAAGACUGGGGUGUUCGGGGGAGGGGCGUUCCUGUCUCUCGACUCGACCCUCUUCUGGCUGCUAACGCUCAUGCUAGUGAGCAAUGCCCGAGAGGACUACUUUGAGGAGCAGAAGGGAGACGGCUAUGACCAAGAGAGCCUCGCGAGUUUUUGAUCAUCAUUCCUAGUAACUGACUUAGGCAAGAGAGGAGAGGGGCACGUUGUCGAGUCAGUUUCCGGUGUUCAUUCGAUGUUUGAACUACUCAUUGCAGCCUUCCAACCGGGGGCUGUUGUCUCACUGUAAAAAGAACCAGUAACCAUACUUUUCCUAGAAGUUUACGUCCAUGUGAUUAAUUAUUUAGUCAUGUAUAGCGUCUUCUGCAUUUGACAUAAACGUUAUAUGACCCCUUC